UUGUGUUUUGUUCUAUCACGUGGUGUAGGCCAUAUUCGCCAGUUGUAUCCCCGAGAUAAUUGACCUGAUCGGGACGCGAAACAAGUACGGCGGCACUUUGAAGAACGAGCGAGGUCGCAGACACAUUGUUGUGUGCGGCCACAUCACCUACGAGUCAGUGUCGCACUUCUUGAAGGACUUUUUACACGAAGAUCGUGAAGAUGUCGACGUUGAGGUCGUCUUCCUACAUAGAAAAGAACCAGAUCUUGAAUUGGAAGGUCUUCUAAAAAGGCAUUACACCACUGUGGAGUUUUUUCAGGGUACCAUGAUGAAUGCUGUGGACCUAGAGCGCGUUAAGGUAUCCUCUCAAGAUGAGAGCAACUCAAAACAGACAAAAAUAAAACUAUCCGGGAAAUCGUUUUUUAGAACUACG